ACCCUUAGGGUGGCUCCAAGGCGACAAUGGCAACGACCGGCGUUGGGAAAAAUCUCGAUGUGCAUCGACGGGGGUAUUUUACCUGGCGGGGGGGCUGGUUUGGGAGUAGUGUUCCGAGAUGACGGUGGAAACUUCCUGCUCGCGGCGGGUAAGAAGAUUAAGGGGUCUUUGGAGGUGGAGAUUGCGGAGGCCUUAGCGGCGGAGAUGGGGGCUCAGCUGGCUCACCAGUUCAGUUUCAUGGAUAUUGAGAUGGAUGUGGAUUGCUUGAUAGUGGUUCACAGAUUACAAAACCCGAAUGCAACUAAGGAUGAAGUAACGGUGGUUUGCAGGAAUACCUGUCGACAGCUGGAGAUGAUGCGGGUGAAAGCCAUUAGGCACAUAAGCAGAGAUGCUAAUAAAGGUGCACAUCUUAUGGCGCAUGUAGAGACUAGGUGGAAUGAGCCGGUUAUUUGGGUGGAGAGACCUCCAGUUUAUUUAGUUGAUCAGCUACAGCUGGAUAAUGUAACUGCGGUGACUGAUCAAUAAAAGUUCAUACAGAUUUUUGUUAAAAAAAAAGAGGUAAUUGAAUUUGAUUUAGCCAAACUAGGAAAGUGUUUAGAGGGUUUUGUUUUGAUGAGUGAAUACUGAAUACUAUUAAUUGCGGGCACUCUUCAUUUAUAUAGUACACGCACACACUUUGCGGCUAGCACGUACGAAUGAAUGAAUUGAUUAAUU